CAACAACCACACAACAUCACCAUCCUCUCCCUGCAUUUGCAUACACCCAUCUCCUCGAUUCACGCGGCCAUAGUAGCCACACGCAUCAUGGACGCCGAACCCUCCCAGCCUUCUGUCGUGGUCGCCUCGGCGACCUCGUCUGGCCUCUCUGUCAACCUUCACCCGCUCGCCAUUCUCAACAUCUCGGACCACUACACGCGCUCGACGAUCACGUCAAGCGAUUCGUCCCUGAAGCUCAUUGGCGCACUGCUCGGUUCGCAGACCGGCCGCGAGGUCUCGGUCGUCAACUCGUUCGAGCUCAUCUACACCCUCGACUCGGACGGCGGCACUCCCAAGGUCGACGAGGAGUUCCUCGCUAUGCGCAAGGAUCAGUUCAACCAGGUCUUCCCCACUCAGUCGAUCGUGGGCUGGUACACCGUUGGCGUCGCGCCGACACCUCAAGACGUCCAUAUCCACAAUCAGCUUGCCAACAUCAUUGAGCCGUCACCGGCGGCGCUGGUCAUCUUCAACCCAGCCAUUCCCCAAGGCACCAAGCAGCUUCCCUUCACCGUCUUCGAGUCCCUCGGCGACGGCGGAGAGAGCGAGCGCGAGGGCAAGUUUGUGCAGGUUGACUAUGGAAUCGAGACUGGCGAGGCGGAGCGCAUUGCGGUCGAUGGCGUGGCCAAGGAGAGCGGCGGAGACACCGACCCAACGGGCCAGAUUGCAACCCUGACGACGCAACGCAAUGCCAUUGCCAUGCUCCAGGAGCGUGUUGCUGUCAUUGUACAGUACAUCUCGGGCGUCCUGAAUGGAACGGCGACAGUCGACCACAGCAUUCUGCGCCAGAUCUCGUCGCUGGUCGCCACCCUCCCUGUCAUGGAUGCAGAGCAGUUUAAGGAGGAGCUGAAGACGGAGUACAACGACGCGCAGCUCACCACCUACCUGACAACUCUGCUUGGCCAGCUGGAAGCCCUGGUGGACUACUCGGACAAGCACUUUGCUCUCCACCCUGGAGGCCCAUCUGGCGAGGGUGACUUUGGAGGUGUCCGCGGCAAGGGUUUCAUGCCUACCCCCGGUCCGCCGCCGCUCGACUACCGCUGGCUGCAUACCGGGACCAAACAACUCGACCUGCCGACCGAGCCGAUCGCCACCGUCGAGACGGCGUACAAGCCGUUCUCGCCGCUCGAGAACGACCGCAUCGAGGCAGCGUGGCAAGAUUAUCCGCAGUCGCUCAAAAGAAAGGCGCUGGACGCUUGGGGUGUCUGCGACGGCGAAUGGAGCCAGAAGAGCAAGGAGACCAAGGCCAAGGAAGUCAAGGAACCAAAAGACGUCAAGGACACGAAAGACGCGGUGGCAAAGAAGGCCGAGAAGGGCGGCAAGACUGACGACGCGAAGAAGGCUGCCUCAAAAGCCGCAUCGACCAAAGACGUCUCCAAGGAACGCCUCGACGCGUACCAGGCCGUCAUCGAGAAGGCGUACUUGGACCACUCCAAGUUUGACGUUGUGGAAGGUGUUCCUGUCAGCCAGGACUCGCUCUUCGAGGUCAGCUUGUCGACACUCUCGCUCCACCCAGUCUACUGGAGACAGUAUGGGCCCCGCAUCCCCGUCAUCAGGGGCACCUGGUUUGUCGGUGAUGGAGCGCGCCCCUGUACUUGGGACCUCGCUGCCGAGCUCGAGAAGGGAUUCCAAGAGAUCAAGCCCUGGCAGCCGUCGUACAAGGAAGAGCUGGCGACUGCUCUUGCCGUCGGCGCCUCGGGAGAAGAGAAGCUCAUGCACAAGCUUCCAGCCCGUUUCGGUAGUGGUCUAGGCGUCAUCUUCGAGGACGAGAACAAGUGCCGAGUCAUUGCCUCGGGAACGUUCAACUACCUUUCGCGUCAGCUGUGGUCGUCUGUUGGCGCCAGGCCUGGGGGUGUGUACUUCCACCGUGGCUACACGGCUGCAUUGGCGGCCAAGGAGGCCGCAAAGUCGGGUGACAAGAGCGAUAAGGCUACGUCGCAGCCAAGCUCUGGUGCAGCGACUCCCAAGGAACCCAAGGACGACACCAAGUCCAAGACCGAGGCCAAGGGUGCCAAGCCGUCGAGCAGCAAGGACAGCCAGCGCAAGGCGUCCCGCGAUAACAGCGCCGCCGCCAACGAAGGCAUCCAGGAUGUCCUUAACAAGGUCAAGAAGGACUGGGAAGGGAAGCGCAAGGCCUUUGAAGAGCAAGCUGCUCCAGUGAUCCACGCGAGCAACGACGACAAGCCCUGCACCGAUCUGAUUCUUCUUAUCCACGGCAUUGGCCAAGAUCUCGCGAAGGAGUACGAGGGGUUCAACUUUAUCUAUGCAAGCAACCAGCUCCGCCGGGUCCUGCGCAAGCAGUCCGGCGACCCAGCAAUCGCGUCGGUCAUGCGCGAUGGUCGCUUCCAGGUCCUCCCUGUCCAGUGGAGGGCCAACCUCAACCUCAACAGCAGCGACACGGGUGAUGGUGUCGAGUCUGAGCGCGACAACGUCUUCACCAUCGCCGACAUCACGAUCAAGUCGUCGAUCCCGUAUGUCCGCGAUGUCACCAACUCGGUGCUGCUCGACAUCCCGCUGUUCAUGUCGCACCACCGCCAGCAGAUGAUUGAAGCUGUUUGUGCCCAGGCAAACCGGACAUACAGGCUGUGGAUGGCCCGUAACCCAGGCUUUGAGAAGUACGGCAGGGUCCACAUUGUGGCACACUCGCUUGGCUCAGCCCUCGCCGGCCACAUCCUGUCGACACAGCCGACUACUGUUCCCCGGCUGUCUCUUGUCCCCAAGGACGAUCGUGACGAGGUCAAGGACCGCUUCCUCUUCAACACGUCAAACUUGUUUUUGGCGGGCAGUCCACUCAGCGUAUUCCUACAGUUGGAGCAGGCUCACUUGAUUCCCCGCGGCGGGCGAUUGAACACAAGGCACUCUCGCCCAGACGAAGUGAUAACGCAAGCCGGCAAGUUUGGGUGCCUGUCUGUUGAUUCCCUCUACAAUAUCUUCUACCCCACCGACCCAGUGGCUUAUGCCAUGAACGCGGCAGUCGACGUGGCUGUUGCCAAGACGCGUCCGCCUUUACCCAUCCCAUCUGUCGCUGGGUCUUUCCUCCCGCCACUGCCGUCCAUGCCGUCUCUGCCGGCUCUGCCGGCUCUUCCUCAGCUCCCUCAACUGCCAGAUGUGUCCAAGUAUAUCCCCAGCUACUUUAGCAGUGGGGACAAGAAGCCAAAGGUUGAGGCGAUUGAUGCGCCCACCGAGAUUGAGCUCUCCGGUGGCCCAGCCGAGAUCGAGUCGAAGGGCGAGAGGCGCUUUGCGGACCUCAACCCCCAUGGCAGUAUCGACUUCUCCCUCCCCUCUGCGAGUGUCAACGGCUACCUGGACAUGAUCACGUCCCACGGCAGCUACUGGUCUGAUCAGAACUUUGGAGCGUUCCUUCUCGCCGAGACAUUCACGACGCCUGCGGACCGCGCACGCACGGGGGCGGCGAGCACCGACAAGGCCAAUUAGUCGCG